UCCCGCUAGCCCGCCUCAGGACCGGAAGUGGUUUCGGCCCUAGUGGAUCCGGGUGGGUGCGCGCAGGCGGCCGCAGAGGUUCCAGCUCUUGAAGCGUGAGGUGCCGCAGGUGUUCUGGCCAGGUCUGAGGCCACAGAUUGUGGGAUUAGUGAUGUGCUUUCCUGAACAAUAGAAAAGUGGAAGAUGUCUAGACAGAACUUAGUGGCUUUGGCAGUGUCCACCCUUUUGGGUGUGGCGGUGGUGGGUUUCAUCCUGUGGAAAGGCAUCCAGCGGCGAAGGAGGACAACGAGCCGUGCCACCCCACAGCAGCCACCACAGCCAGUGCCAGGCAGUAGAGCGCCGGCCCCCCUGGAGGCGGGCCAGCUGCACUCCUGUGCCCCCAGAACCUCCUGGGAGGAGAGGAUCCUCCAAGCAAAGGUGGUGACGGUGUCUCAGGAGGCAGACUGGGAUCAAGUCGAGCCCUUGCUUAGGAGCGACUUAGAAGAUCUUCCAGUACUUGGAAUCGACUGUGAGUGGGUGAAUUUGGAUGGCAAAGCCAGUCCUCUCUCACUCCUACAAAUGGCUUCCCCAAGUGGCCUCUGUGUCUUGGUUCGCUUACCCAAGCUGAUCUGUGGAGGAAAAACACUACCGAGAACGUUAUUGGACAUUUUGGCAGACGGCACCAUUUUAAAAGUUGGCGUGGGAUGUUCAGAAGAUGCCAGCAAGCUUUUGCAGGAUUAUGGCCUUGUCGUUAGGGGGUGCCUGGACCUCCGAUACCUGGCCAUGCGGCAGAGAAACAAUUUGCUCUGUAAUGGGCUUAGCCUGAAGUCACUUGCUGAGACCAUUUUGAACUUUCCCCUUGACAAGUCCCUUCGACUUCGCUGCAGCAACUGGGAUGCUGAGAAUCUUACAGAGGACCAGGUAAUUUAUGCUGCCAGGGAUGCCCAGAUUUCAGUGGCUCUCUUUCUCCAUCUUCUUGGAUACCCUUUCUCUAGGAAUUCACCUGUAGAAGAAAACAGUGACCCCACGGACUGGAGAAAAGUCCUGGAGAAGUGCCGGGAUGUGGUAGACAUCCCAUUCCGAAGCAAAGGACUUAGCAGAUUGGGAGAAGAGGUUAAUGCGGAAGCUACAGAAUCUCAGCAGAAGCCAAGAAAUAAAAAGUCCAAGGUGGAUGGAAUGGUGCCGGGCAGCCACCAAGGAAGAGACCCCAGAAAACAUAAAAGAAAGCCUCUGGGGGUGGGCUAUUCCGCCAGAAAAUCACCUCUCUAUGAUAACUGCUUCCUCCAUGCUCCUGACGGACAGCCCCUCUGCACUUGUGAUCGGAGGAAAGCUCAGUGGUACCUGGACAAAGGCAUUGGAGAACUAGUGAGUGAAGAGCCUUUUGUGGUCAAGCUCCAGUUUGAACCAGCGGGAAGACCUGAAUCCCCAGGAGACUAUUACUUGAUGGUUAAAGAGAACCUGUGUGUUGUGUGUGGCAAGAGAGACUCCUACAUUCGGAAGAACGUGAUUCCACAUGAGUACCGGAAGCACUUCCCCAUCGAGAUGAAGGACCACAACUCCCACGAUGUGCUGCUGCUCUGCACCUCCUGCCACGCCAUCUCCAACUACUAUGACAACCACCUGAAGCAACAGCUGGCCAAGGAGUUCCAGAGGGAGCUGCUACAAGCACUCCGCGAGUUUUACGGCUCAGACACAGUCACAGAUGAGCUUCUUCAAGAGGCUGCCGGCCUGGAGACCAGGAUCUGCAAUGACAGCUACGUUCCUCACGGGCUGAAGGUGGUGCAGUGUCACGCCCAGGGCGGUCUGCGUUCCCUAAUGCAGCUGGAGAGCCGCUGGCGUCAGCACUUCCUGGACUCCAUGCAGCCCAAGCACCUGCCCCAGCAGUGGUCAGUGGACCACAACCAUCAGAAGCUGCUCCGGAAAUACGGGGAAGACCUGCCCAUCAAGCUGUCGUGAUAACUGCUUUCCUCCCAGCUGAGGACAGUGAGAAGCCGCAGCCAUGGUCACAGAGUUCCUGGUGGGAUAGGUCUUUCAUCAUCAAAGCUUGGGUGACACGACCCCGAACACUAACCUGUACUAAUCCCAGAAUACUUCUGGUGGAGCCAGGACCUUAUUUAAAGGGGAGUGUAUGGUUUCAAAUUUGAA